UGUCAAUAUGAAGGUGAAAAGGCGCAGAAGGCAAAGUGAGACUUCGCACAAGAGGCAAGAGUGGAUGUAUAUCCUUGUACGAUGGCCAUUGCUGGGUCUUAUAUUCUUCUUCAUGGCUCUUCAAUUCAGCCUAUACAUACUAAUUCGGCAGUUGGUAAACGCGAAGGAAUGGCUCUCUGCGUGGCGGGGCCGCAAGGGUGUCCUGCGACAGCGUUUGCGUAGUGCCAAGACUUACGAGGAUUGGAAGGAUGCUGCAUUGAUUCUUGAUGAAUAUAUGCACUUCAACGAAUGGAAACAUGCCGACGAAGAUCCCUUCUAUGACUGGAGAUUAGUGAGAAAGGUCCGCAGGUCCUUGAAGAAUCUAAGGGAAAAGAGAGAUGCGCGAGGUUUACUUGGUGUGCUGGAAACCUGUGUCCGCACGAACUUCGCCGGGGUUGAGUCAGCACGGCUAUAUAGCGAAACAUUCUUCGGGACGAAGGAUUUGAUUGAAGACUAUAUCGCCGAAGAAGAGAAGGCGCUUGAGUUCAUUCGGACGUCGUCUGAUAUUUCCAAUGAGGAGAAGAAGCGGUUCUUCAAAAUGGCCAAUACGAACCUCGGCACCUCUGCGCUCUGUCUCUCCGGUGGUGCUUCAUUCGGAUACUAUCAUUUUGGCGUCGUGAAGGCGUUCCUGCAUGCAGGUCUUCUUCCUCGUGUCAUAUCAGGUACAUCGGCGGGAGGUGUUGUUGCAGCAAUGGCAUGCACACGCACAGACGCGGAGUUGAAACGGCUCCUUGUUCCUGAGCUGGCCACGCGCAUCACAGCAUUCGAAGAGCCCUAUGGGGUCUGGAUCAAGCGCUUUUGGACAACCGGCGCAAGGUUCGACAGUCUAUGCUUCUUCACACGGGGCUCCAUGACAUUUCGGGAGGCGUACAUGCGGACGGGACGCAUCCUCAACAUUUCCGUCGUGCCUGCGGACCGCCAUUCCCCCACGAAGCUUCUGAAUUAUAUCACAGCACCGGACACGAUAAUCUGGAGUGCAUUGCUUGCUUCUGCGGCUGUACCCGGAAUUUUGAACCCGGUCGUCCUAAUGCAGAAGCUCAAAGACGGUAGAGUAAUUCCGUGGAACUGGGGUAGCAAAUUCAAGGAUGGUUCUCUGAGAGUUGACAUACCCGUACAAGCGCUGAAUUUGUACUUCAACGUCACGCAUCCUAUUGUCUCGCAAGUCAAUCCACAUGUGCACUUAUUCUUCUUCGCUCCACAAGGCUCGGCAGGGAAACCCGUUGCGCAUCGCAAGAAUAAGGGGUGGCGAGGCAAUUUCCUGCUAUCUGCCGCAGAACAAUGGCUCAAACUGGAGCUUACUAAGAAUUUCAAGUUGAUUCGCGAUCUCGACCUUUUACCGCAGCUUCUUGGCCAAGACUGGUCCAGUGUAUUCUUGCAGCGCUUCGAAGGCAGCGUCACAAUCUGGCCUCGCACUCGGUUCAUGGAUUGGAUACACAUCUUAAGUGAUCCAGACGAAACAGAGCUAACGAGGAUGAUGCAUGUUGGUCAGCUGGUCACCUGGCCUAAGCUGCAUAUGAUCGAGAAUCGAUACCGCCUCGAGAAGCAAAUUUUCCUGGGUCGACAGACAGUGCGUAAGGUCAUGCAUAAUCGUGGUCAAGACCGAAGCACGUCGGCAAUCGAGACCCAGCCACAGGAACAUGUUCCCGUUCCCAACACAGGCACUCGGCUCCCAGUCAGUAAGGGGACACCAAUCGCACCAAGUCUCUCAGAGGUACCACUGCCGAUGGACACUGAUGCGGAGGCGGCCUAUAUAAAUGGAACGCGUGAAAAUAACCAUCGAUCUACGGCGGGCGGCAGUAGCCAAUUCCCGCACCGCACCUCGAAGCGACGUCAUCGGAACAGAGGGGACCAAGAUGCCACGAGGGAGGCGGGCCCCACUCCAGAUCCCCCACCUCCACCCAAGGAUUCCGGACGACAGCAUGCGCAGUCGGUGGCGAACCAAAUAUCAUCUACCCACGCCAACCCCGUCGAGUUCUUGCGCCGUCUUGGUAAUGGUUCGAUUACCGGCGGAUUCUCGCCGUUUGGAUCGCUGCGACGCAGCAACAAGGACGUGGCAUCGAACUCGCGCGAAGAUGUGGCAGAGGGGGCUUCGUGGUCUGGAGACAGUUCAUCGGAUGACGAUGACUUGUCUAUAAUAUCGCGCAGACAACGACACUCCUCGACGUAUGAGCUACGACCAGAGCUGGAUAGGAGAUACUCUGGAGUAGAAGGGGAGGAUGCAGAUUACUGAGAUUGUGUACUGUACAUAUUGCAUUGUGCAUGCAAAAGAUA